CUCUGUGGAGACCUUUUAUUAUGGCGAUGAUGACAAGCAAGAUCAAGCUGUCAAUUUUGAAUUAAAGAGGUUCCAGAAUAGAGAAGGAUCAUUUGCAAAGAAGCUUGCGAGGAGUUGUCGGAAUUUUGAUUAUAAUGCAGCAUCUUGGUGGAGGCUCUAUGGAACUGAAGCACCAGCUCUACAAAGGAUGGCUGUGAGAAUCCUCUCAUUGACCUCAAGUUCUUCGGUCUGUGAAAGGAAUUGGAGUACCUUCGAAAAUAUUCAUACAAAGAAAAGAAAUAGGCUAACUACAGAACGUCUAAACUCUCUUGUGUUCAUACAAUUCAACUCUAGAAUGAUGGCCAAGAAACAAAUGAUCAAGGAGAAGAAGAUCAUUGAUGUCCUCUUGUCCGCUGAAACUACCGAAGCUCAAGGUUUUGUUUUUGAGGGCGGAGAUGAUUAUGCAGAAGUCGUCUAUAGGGAUGAUGACGAGGAGGAGAUGGAUAGUACAGGGAUGCCAGGGAGUGGCAUUGGAGAAGCGAUGGGAGGCAAUGAACUGCUUGAGCCACGUAGAAGUGUGAGACUAAGACAACUUUAUGAAGAAGAAGAAUUCGAGUCUGAAGAAGAGGAGUUUGAUGAUGAUGAGGAGAUGCAUUCAGAUGAGGAGAAUGACUAUUGAUAAUUGAGGAGGCCCAAAUGCACGGGUGUCUUUUCUUAAGUACUUUUUUUAUCUCAUAUCUUUAUGUCAUUGAGUCAAACUGUUUGUGUGUGCGUCCGUGUGGAAUUUCCCUUUUUGAUUUGUGAGAGAAGUCUUCCCAAUAAGAUUCUAGGAAUUAAAGAACUUCAUUUUUAUGUGUGCACUGUUGAGCUCAUAAUUUAUAAUGCUAUGCCAAUUGG